ACCACGGCGGCGGAAAGGCGGUCGCUCUGUCGUGGCCGGCCUUGAGCCGCUCCCACCUCUCCACCUGCACUCGGCCCCUUCUGCGAGUGGACGAACAGCUGGCGAUGCAGCUCGGGCGAAUGUCACAGUAGCACUAGCCCAUAGUGAGUCGACCAGAUGGCGUCUACGCGUGAUAUAUCCUCUCGCCGUUGCGCUCGCGUCCGCUUUCUGCUCUCCAUUCACUUCUGUUUCCUUCCGAGUCCCUUUUUUCUCCCCUUGAGUCUUCGUUGAUCGAAGCGCUUCCAUUUUUACUAGUAAGCUGUUGACCAGCGCCGUUCAGGGUCAUCACCCAAAUUUAAUAUCGCUCCUGUUCGAUCCCCUGCCAAACCCCCCAGUCUAUCUCGGCUUUCCAAAGUACUUUUAGUAAUAAUAGCACAAGGCGGUGCUCACAUCAGCCCAAUAUACCAUCAUGCCAGAGAUACUUCAACCUGCAGUAUACGAUCCUGCAUGCCUUGGCACCAUGGUCGACUCUCAAUAUGCAAUGUCUCCGCUGGACCAGAGACAUGCAGUUAAUGUCGUUGACGACGACUCCACCAUUCCCACCUACUACUUUGCGCCCAGGUACUCACCCAUCUCGACCUAUCUACCCAGUGCCGUGUCACCUUCCAGUGUCGACGACUUUCCCACCCCCAAGGCACGAUUGUUCGAUAUGACGCCGCAGAUGUCGCCGCGCUACCCAACCCAUUCAGCUUCAUAUCCACAACCAAAUCGCGCGAGUCGAGCAGAUAGCGACUUCGACUCGCUGUACGACAUCACCGACGAUGAAGCAGAAGUGCCUCUCCAUGCAUCUGCAUCUGUCAAGAAAAUUGCCAGCCAGCCAAAGCGAAGACGCUAUCCAUCAAUCGUAAUUCCCUCGCCAUCCGCUUGGCCAACAAUUGAGAAAUUUAAGAGUGCAACCUCGGCGAUGCCAGUUACUCCGUCCCACCUACUAACUCCGUCCCGUCGCGUUCUGGAUAUGAUCGACUCGCACAAUCUACAGGUACCAGCACACUCAGCUGCUCCUUCCCUGGACGGCAGCCUGACUUCAGAAGAGAUGGAUAAGCUUAGCUGCCCAGCUACCCCAGUCAACCAGCGGAGACGCGGUUCCUUCUCCAGCGUCGACUCAUGGGGGCCUGUACAGCUUGAUAUGCAAGCAAUGGAGACGCUUCAGCACCUUGGUAACUCGCCAUCGACGGAGCAGUACGGGCAACAGGUAUCUCAGUCGAUCGAGAUGAGAGGCGAGAUGCAGGAGGUAUCUCGACCAACCUUAGGGUUGAGCAUCCCUUCGACACUUCUUGGAGACGAAUCCUCUGGCAGCACCCCCGUAUCUGCACUCUCAGUCCCAUCUCCAGGUGGUUUCUUCUCUUCGCUUCAGUCAGAUGUCCGCCACACCUGGAGCAUCCCUAAGCGAGAAGAAUCCAUUCCAAACACUUCCACCGCUGAGAACUUCUACAACCUUCCGUGGGAGAGCCGAAGGAACACUGCCCCAGAACCCCUGCCAGCUCUUCCCCAGCGCGUUUCAACCCUAGCAGGUUCGACUCUUGAUGGCUACGAGGAGCCUUUGGCAACACCACGACCAGUCAUCGUCAGCCCCACCGAUGAAAAUGUAGAGAUCAAGGAGAUCAACCCAAGCAAGACCAUCUUCCAGUAUAAUGAGAACUACAAUGCUGAGCUCCAGAAGUUGUCUUCUGUUAAUCUCGAGAUGACUGGACGUUGGCUAGAGGAGCAGGACGAGCUACAGUCUGCUCUGCGUGAGAUGUCGGACAUGAGCUCCCCCACCCUCUCCAGCGAAGCCCACAGCCGCGGGGACUCAAUCGACAGGCCCGCGCUCAAGAAGUCUGUCACAUUCGCCGAGGAGCCCGCAAAGUCCCCAGUUGACGAGUCGGCACCGGAGCUAGUCCUGACCUACGUUCAAGGUCUCGAAUAUCUCCGCUCCAGGUCCCAAACUAAGGACACAUUCAUCCACCGCCAGACUCGCGCCGAGGCCAUGCACGUCCAGCGCCGCUGCAAUCCCCUGGCUCACCGCGAUCAGCUCCUCGGCAAGUUCGAACUUAGCCAGCCAGAUCGCCCAGCGCCCCCACGACCCGUUUCGGAGUUCUUCGUCAACGACCCGACUGUUCUGAAGGAGAGGAUUGCACGCGCGCAGAUGGAGCGUCAAGCACUUGACCAGAUGCUACCCAUCCACUGGGUGUUACAGGCACAGAAGCAACUCAAUGGUGGCAAGCUGCUAAGCAAGCCCGCUGCGCGAUGCAUUACCCGCGCUAGCGCUCCACGCAUUCUUGACGUCGGGGGUGUCCCGACCAGUGACUGGGCGUGGGACGUUGCGUACGACUAUCCAUAUGCUACAGUAACUACAGUCUACACCGCAGGCAACAACAUGUCUGGUAGUGUGACCGGCCCAGACAAUCAUAAGCAUCUCAGGGUGCCCAAUCUGUGGACUCUACCCUUUCCCUCUGGUCACUUUGAUGUCAUCUCGGCCCGAACACUCUACGAGCUUCUGAAGACCAGCAAGCCCCUUGGUCGCCCGUCUGAUGAAUACGAUCUUUGCCUGAAGGAGUGCUACCGCUGCUUGAAGGCUGGUGGUAUCCUCGACUUCUCCUUGAUGGACGCGGACGUGAUUCACGCCGGUCGCAACGCGCAAAAGAUGGGCGUCGAGUUCGGCUUCAACCUCAAGACUCGUGGCUACGAUGCGCAGCCCACGAAGACGUUCCUCCCGCGCGUCUCCAAAGCCGGCUUCCAGGACGUUCAGCGAGCUUGGAUGGUACUCCCCAUGGGCAAGACUGCCGCAAACUGGCGCGAGGAACUCAAUGUAGGCGCUCAGCCACAACAACAGGAGAAGAGGAUCACUGAGGAUGGAGAGGUGGAGCUUGAGGAUGCACCGGUGUUUGGCACUACGAUUGAUGCAGCUAUGCUGACUGGUAUCGUUGGAAGCUGGGCAUGGGAGAGGUGGCUGUUGAGGUUGCAGAUGGAGAUGGGCAAAGAUGAGAAGAGGUUGUUGGAGGGUGUCGUGCAGGUGCUCGAGGAGGGCGCGCAAGGAUUCGCUGGGUGGAGGACGCUAACAGGCUGGGCGAGGAAGUAAUGAGGUGAUGCUGGG